AUGUCCCUCUCCCUCCAGUCCCCCACCACCACCAAGGCCUCCGACCUGGCCUCCAAACGCAGACGCUUUCAGCCACCAAUCACUAGCUUCUUCUCAACUACAUCUACACCUCCCUCAGAAGACAAUGACAACGUGACCACCGACCGCACCCACCACCUCUCUCACAACCACUACUCCGCCGCAACCUGCUCCCCCACCCCCAUCGUCCCCACCAAAGUCCAAGCCUCCCUCCUCUCCGUCGGCAUGCGCGUUCGCAAAUCUGUCGCAGAGGGCUACAAGACUCGUCUGGCGAAGCCCGACCCCAGCUUCUCCGAGCUGGCUCCCUACAGCGGCAUGCGCAGUCAUUCCGCACCCAUGAACCUUAUCACCGAUGACGAAGGCGACGCUUUCUCCCUCCCCUCCAGCAGCCAGGAGUCCAACGCCGGUGGUCAGAAACGCUCUUAUGAUGUGGACUUUGACCUCGACGAUAGUGAGGAUGAUGACGUUGCUGCUUCGGGUUUGGGUCUAUCUACACACAAUGCUACUUCCAUGGGCCGGACCAUCCUUGCGCCCAAGUUGAAUCAGCAGCGAAGACGGUUUGUGACGUUGCGGAAACAUGCCACUAUUUCUGAGGGCAUGGGUAUGGAUAUUGACGACUUUGAGGAAGCCUCCUUCUUGCGCAGUCGCGAGGAGGUGGAUAUGGAGUAUGGCUCUGUGAGUCGAAGCUCGGAGAUUGAAAUGGGCGGGAUUUAA